GUUUUCAGCCGACUGUUUCCCACCGAGGCGGCGCAGAGGGAGCGGGUUAACGAGACAAAACCCGGCCUGCCGUCUCACUGGUUUAGUCUCAGAUGGCUCUCAUACAUAGCCGACUAUAUUUUUUAUAAUCCUAAUAAAUAAACGCGUUCAUGUGAUUUAAGCGCCUAGAACCAGAGCAAUUCACUACGGAGCUGCUGGGGAGGUCGGGCUUUGUUGAGUUAUGGAGGUGGACGCAGGUUUGGGCUCAGGCCUGGAGAUGGAGUUGGGUCCGGAGCUGGAGGAAGAGUUGGGGAUUUCUCUGGACGAGCUGCGGAAAUGGAUCGAGGAGCAGGUGGACAGCAGCGAGGCUGUCCAGCAGAGGAAAGCUCAGCUAUCCGAACUGCAGGAGUGGGUCGAGCAGAGGGAAAAAGAUAUGGCCACUGUGGAUACGCUCUGCUCCACUGCUUCAGAGUCAGUGGUCCAGUGUGAGACGCUGGUGAAAGAGCUGUACAGUAAGAUGGGUCUGGUGUAUCGAGAGAGCAGCUCUGAAGACGAGACCGGAGGCGAGGGCAGCGCUUCUGAGGUCAUUGAAAUUGACGACGAUGAUGACGACGAUGUCAUUGCUGUGGGCUGUGUGGUUCCACCAAAGAAAGUUGUAACACCAGUCAAAGAGUCAACGUUUAAGGAAGCAUCUGCGGUGCUUCAGAGAACUUCACAGCAAGUGCAGAACUUGAUGCAGACAGUCACCAAGACGGCCCCAUCUGGGUCCAAUGCAAUCGUCCCGCCUAAAGUGGUGGCCCCUCCCUCUCAGACCCGGGGCCCCAUGAUGAAUAUUCCAGCUGUGUUUGUGUCCUCGGCCCCAGGAAACUCGGCCACCCAGCCAAACCCGGCCCUGAAGCAGGACGCCAUGAAGGUCAACAUGAGCAUUCUGGGUAAAAAACGUACCAAGACGUGGCAUCGUGGAAUCCUAGUUGCCAUCAACUCAGUCGGCAGCAGCUUUAAGUACAAGGUGAAGUUUGAGAAUAAGGGGAAAAGUCUGCUGUCUGGAAAUCAUGUGGCCUUCGACUAUCACCCCACCCUGGAGAGGCUGUAUGUGGGAGCCCGCGUCGUUGCCAAGUACAAGGAUGGUAACCAGGUGUGGCUUUACGCUGGUAUCGUGGCGGAGAUGCCAAACAGCAAGAACCGCAUGAGGUUCCUCAUCUUUUUUGAUGAUGGCUAUGCUUCCUACGUGGGCCUUCCUGAACUCUACCCUGUUUGCAGACCCCUGCAGAACACAUGGGAGGACAUAGAGGACGAGUCGUGUCGGGAUUUCAUUAGGGAGUACAUCACAGCGUACCCUAACAGGCCCAUGGUCCUACUGAAGCCAGGCCAGAUCAUCAAGACAGAGUGGGAGGGGACCUGGUGGAGGAGCCGUGUGGAGGAAGUGGACGGCAGCCUCGUCAAAAUGCUCUUUUUGGACGAUAAGCGCAGCGAGUGGAUCUAUCGUGGCUCCACCCGCCUGGAGCCCAUGUUUAAUCUGAAAAUAAGCGCAGCCAACAACCAGGAUAAGAAGCUGGGUGCUCCGCAGCGGCCGCGACCCAACAUGGGAGCACUGAGAGCUAAAGGGCCUGUGGUGCAGUACGGCACUAAUGAGAACAAUUCAUUACUCAAUCGGCCCCCAGGGCCCCAUCCUAUGCCACCUCGACUGCAACCCCCUAUGCUUGUACAGCCCCUCCGCAUUGAGAGUCCAAUGAUUAAGAAGACCACAUUUAUAGCACCACCUCGGCAGGGCAUGACCACUGACUUUCAGCUCAAAACCUACAGCGUGAUUCCCCAAACUCACGGACCCAGGCUCCUGCAGCCCGGUCCGGUGCACACCCUGAUGCCGUUGGUCCCACCCCAGCAGCCCCUGCAGCCCCUGCAGCCUGCAGUGUCGGUGUAUGGCGGUGAGCGGAUCCCUCAGGAGCCGUCCUAUCAGGCCCCGAACGACCGCCUCUUCUACCUCACUCACACCUGCACACCAGACUGCCUCAAACGCAUCCGCCCCACCAGAACCAACCUGCACCGCGGCCGCAACCCCCUCCUCACCCCACUGCUCUACGAGUUCCGCCGCAUGACCGCCCGCAGACGCCUCAACCGCAAGAUGUCAUUCCACGUCAUCUAUAAGUCUCCGUGUGGCCUGAGCCUGAGGAACAUGGCGGAGAUCCAGCGCUACCUCUUCCAGACGCACUGUGACUUCAUCUUCCUGGAGAUGUUCUGCCUGGACCCCUAUGUGCUGGUGGAUCGACGCUUCCAGCCACAGAGGCCCUUCUACUUCAUCCGGGACAUCACAGUGGGCCGUGAAGACAUCCCCCUGUCCUGUGUGAACGAGAUUGAUAACACGCCCCCUCCCAACGUCGCCUACAGUAAGGAGCGGAUCCCUGCGGACGGCGUUUACAUCAACACCAGCCCCGACUUCCUGGUGGGAUGCGACUGCACUGACGGCUGCCAGGACAAGUCGAAGUGUUCCUGCCACCAGCUGACCCUGCAGGCUACAGGGUGUACUCCUGGGGGUCAGAUAAACCCCAAUGCUGGAUACAAUUACAAGAGACUGGACGAGUGCUUGCCCACAGGGAUAUAUGAGUGUAAUAAGCGGUGCCGCUGUAAUCCUCAGAUGUGCAUUAACCGCUUGGUGCAGCACGGUCUGCAGGUGCGUCUGCAGCUGUUCAAAACCCAGAACAAAGGCUGGGGCAUCCGCUGCCUCGAUGAUGUGGCCAAAGGCUCCUUCGUCUGUAUUUAUGCAGGGAAAAUCCUCACGGAUGAUUUUGCGGACAAAGAGGGCUUGGAGAUGGGAGAUGAAUACUUUGCCAACCUGGACCACAUCGAGAGUGUGGAAAAUUUUAAGGAGGGCUAUGAGAGCGAAGCACACUGUUCGGACAGCGAGGGCAGCGGGGUGGACAUGAGCCGGGUGAAGAUGCGAAAUCCAGCCCAGGGCAAAAAUGCUUUCAAGUCCGAUGACCGCAAUAGCAGCACCACUGGCAAAGGCCAGGACUCCACUGACGAGGGCGACAGCGAUGAGGACAAGGAGUCAAACCCCGACGAGAGCGAUUCCUCAGAUGACACAUUCGUGAAAGACACGCACUACACCUCCAGCUCAGUGUGGAGGAGCUACACCACCCGCCGGCAGUCCAAGGGACUGAAAGAGGAUAGUCAGGACAGUAAGGACGGGCUGAGCGUGUCCGGCGGAGGGACAGAGGACAGGAAGCCGCCGCCCGUGCCGGAGGAGAGCGGGAAGAGUAAAGUGGCCUCAUGGCUGACCAGCCAGUCUGAGUCUGCUGGGGCUGAAAACGUCAAAAUAGAGGGAGGGACGAAGACAGAAAAGAAGGAAGUGAUGACCCUCUCAGACAGUGAUGACGUGCAAACGAUCAGCUCUGGCUCAGAUGACAACAAAGAGCGUGAAAAGAAGACUCAAGGUACGACAGAGACCAAAAGAGCUGUGGUGAAGAGGCAGGUGGCGGUGAAAUCAACACGAGGCAUCGCCUUAAAGUCCUCUCACGGUAUGAUGAUGAAAACAGGAGGGGGUGGUACUGGAGGAGGAGGGACUGGCGGCUCUGGGGGCAAUCAGGGCCAAGGGGGCACAGAAGGCGCCUCCAAAAACACCCGACAAUUCUUUGACGGCGAAGAGUCUUGUUACAUCAUUGAUGCCAAACUGGAGGGUAACCUGGGACGCUACCUCAAUCAUAGCUGCAGUCCUAACCUGUUUGUCCAGAAUGUUUUUGUGGACACACAUGACCUGCGAUUUCCAUGGGUCGCAUUCUUCGCCAGCAAGCGAAUCCGUGCAGGAACGGAACUGACCUGGGACUAUAACUAUGAGGUGGGCAGUGUGGAGGGCAAAGAGCUGCUGUGCUGCUGUGGGUCCACCGAGUGCCGAGGAAGACUGCUGUAACUUACACACACACACACUUCUCAACCUGUCGUGAAAGCCCUUUAGGAAGUACAGACAGCGCUGCCUGUGGACGUGUCUGUCUUUUGGGCUGUAUUGUCAGAAAGCCUGCCAAGAUCUGCAAGAGGUUGAAAUAAGACAGGAAAUGGAAUGAAACCGUUCUGGUGCUCAGUGUAGCUGUAAAAUUCAUGUUUUUUUCCAGUUCUCCUACGUUAAGCUCUGCCUUACACUCAAGCAAAAGGCCAUAUUAGGUUGUGUUAUCAUAUGUAACAUCACUAUUUUCUACGUUUCUUGCCAUUAACUGAUUGAUGAGCGAACUUCCCAUCUUAUUUUGAGUCAUUUUUGGAAGAUUUUCUUCUUCUUUACUUUUUCUCGUUUUUUUAUAAUCAGCCAUGUUUUAUUUUGUCUGUGUAUCAUGUUUUUUGUCAGUAUGUUUGUAAGGACAGACCAAAUUGUACCCUGGAACACAAUAAACCUUGUCCCUGACAGAAGCA